AAUAAAAUGACGGCUUAUCAGGUACCGGAUGUGCCCGCGGUACGGGUCGCGUUAGAGCAUUUAGGCGAAUUGGAUAAACGAUUGAGAGAAGAAAGUGUUUCACUUAGUCAUGAAGCAAGUCUCCACCUAAGAGCGAUAGCUGAAGCCAUUAAAGAGCUGGAGGCAUUUAGAAAAAGUGCACGUGAGAAACUUGAAGUUGAAACUAUUGAGACGAGCAAACUUCGUCAUCAAACCUUUAAACUACAGGAUAAUAUUAAGAGAGAAAUUUCUGCUUGUGUUUAUGCAGCUAGAGAAGGCCAUACUGCAGAGCUGAAUCGACUUCGGUCCGAGCUGAAAACUAUAAUACAAGACAAAGAAUCCAUGGAAGAAAGACAACAACUCCUUGAGAAAGAAAAUGCUCUACUGAUUCAGGAGAGAGAAAAUGUUCAAGGAAAAUAUGGAGAUGUCAUUGAUCAGUUGAACCAGCAGCUGUCAGAGAAAGCCAGUAUGCAGAUUGUGUUGGCAGAAAAACAAAUUGAGAUUCAGUCAUUAAAGGAGAAAAUUGUCCCGGUGCAAGCGGCUCGACGAGACCUCAAAGAAGACAUGAUGCAGAAGAAUAAAACAUGUGCUGAGAACAAACACACUCUGGAUACCGAGAUUUUGGAAAUUGAUGAACAGAUUAAAGAACAAAGAAAAAUCAAUGCAGAAACACGCAAUGAGCUGGAUAUUAUGACGUCAGAACUCCAAGACAAGGAGGAGACAAUCACACAGUGUAAAACACAUAUAUCCCAGCUGGAGAAAAACAUAGCUAGACUGACUGCAUCUAAUAUGAAGUGUGAAGAAUGGCUGGAUGAAAAGAUCCAUAAGACGGAAGAACUUGAUCGACAAAAAGAGUUUCAUGAACGAGAACUCAUGGAGUUGGCAGAGGCAGUUGAACAGGAAGUUCAGAACCUUGAGGAGCAAAUCAGAGCGGUUGAAGACGAGAUAGAGGAGGAACAGAAAGUAAGAAAUGCUCUUUCAGAGCCUAUAACUGAACUGUCACACAUCUUCAGCUCUCAGAGGAAAGAGGAAGAUGACGCGAUUGAAGAAAACCAAAGUCUGUCCAAGCGGUUAGAGGAGUGUAAACUGACACACGAGAAUCACAUUACAGCGGCUGCCAAAUGUAAAAUUGAAAUCAAAAAUAUGAAGGAAGAGAUGAAACAGCUUCACGAUGCUAAUACAAUCAGUGCAGAUUUGUUUAAAAAAAGCCUGGAGGAGCUUGAAGCACAGCUGGCCAAAGAGAAAAUAAGGAGAGAAGCAUGUGAUGUUGAGAAGGAGCAGAUAUGUCAAUCUCUCAAAACUCUCAAAAAGGAACAUAAAGAAAAUGUGAGGGAGCACAAUGAUGCCAUCGAACAAACAGAGAGGAGAUGUGAAGAACUGCUGGAGGAGGAGAAGAAACUUCAGGACCAGGAUGUGUUAUUGAGUUCAGUGAUAGAGCAUCUUGCAAAGGAGCUGACCAACACUGAAGAAGAGGGAAAACAACUGGAAAUAAACUUCCAGGCUGAAAUCCAAGAGCUCAAGACGGACGCAGAAUCAAUAACCCAAGCUCGUCUGAAGAAGGAGCGAGAGCUUAAGGUCCAGAAGUCAAUUUUAGAGCAGGUCAAUGCUCAAUUUAACAUCGACAGUCUCAGACAUCAGACCUUAAAGAAACAAAAAACAGAAUUGGAAACCCAAAAACACAAUCUUGAGCUCUCCAUUCAGAACGUAACAAAGCAGACUAAGGUUCUCCUAGAACCAAAGGAUGAGCUAAAGCGAGAGCUUGAGACCUCAAGGGCAAAACUUAUGGAAAUGUUGACAGUUCACGGAGCAGAGAUCAGUACCGUUGAAAAAAUCAUCUACGAGAACACGGUCCUGCUGGAGCAAGUAAAUAUGGAAAACAGCCGUCUGCAUGUGUGCAUUGAACAGAUGAAGGAGGAAAUAUCUGACGCACAGAAAGACAAAGAGCAGUACACCCAUGAGGCAGAGUGGAUGAGAGAGCAAGCACCAUUGCUUUUUAAGAGCCUUAUAGACGCCUGGACCGCAGAUAUGGUUCUUACUAAGGAAUCUGCGGAUAUGGAGCAGAAGAUCAUGGAGAGUAUUAACAGACUCGUGCUUAAGAUUCAAGAGAGAAAACAUGAGAUCAGCGACGUCAACAGCAGACUGGAACGCGAGUUAAUGGCCAUGAACUUCAUGAUACAAAAUCCAAACCACAAACACGAACAAAUGAACAGUUUCACCACAGAUUAAU